AUGGUAUUAUUCUCUCAACUACUAUCGUUGGCAACUGAUGCCGCAUUGAUCACAACAGGUCUUGCUGGUAUUCGUCAUUUGACUGGCUUCUCUGUACAUAGAGCAACAAACUUUAUAAAGAAUGACUCUGUUAGAAAGGCAGCAGUCAUAUAUUUGAACUCUGGAGAGUUCAUUUAUGACAAGUCGAUAGAUAUCAUCAAGUCACAAGUUGCAAAGUUGGACGAUAACACAAAGAACCCAUCAUCGCCAACAUCUUAUAACACCAACCAACCUCCUCCUCCCCAACUCGAACAGCGUUAUCAGCAACACCAGCAGGAGCAGCAACAGAAAGAGAAGAAGAUUAAAAUAGAUGAUUGA